AGCCAGCGGCCACCGGCUCCGGCAGCUGCGUUGAGCGACUCGGCGCGGCGCGGCCAGCUCGACCUUCCACGGGACCCGCGGAGCCGCGUCGGCAUCGCCGCUAGGCUCCCGCCCUCGAGCCGUCCUCGCUCGCCGCCGCCCUCGGCUCGUGCGUCCGCGGCCGCUCGCGGGCCGGCGUGAUCCCGCCGGGGCUCCCUGCGCUCCCCCGGCCGCGCGCCAUGGGCAGCCCCCGCUCGGCCCUGAGCUGCCUGCUGUUGCACUUGCUGGUUCUCUGCCUCCAAGCCCAGGAAGGCCCGGGCGGGGGGCCUACGCUGGGCAGGGAGCUGGCUUCCCUGUUCCGAGCUGGCCGCGAGUCCCAGGGUGUUUCCCAACAGGUAACUGUUCAGUCCUCACCUAAUUUUACACAGCAUGUGAGGGAGCAGAGCCUGGUGACGGAUCAGCUCAGCCGCCGCCUCAUCCGGACCUACCAGCUCUACAGCCGCACCAGCGGGAAGCACGUGCAGGUCCUGGCCAACAAGCGCAUCAACGCCAUGGCAGAAGACGGGGACCCUUUCGCAAAGCUCAUUGUGGAGACAGAUACCUUUGGGAGCAGGGUUCGAGUCCGAGGAGCUGAGACGGGCCUCUAUAUCUGCAUGAACAAGAAGGGGAAGCUGAUUGCCAAGAGCAACGGCAAAGGCAAGGAUUGUGUCUUCACGGAGAUCGUGCUGGAGAACAACUACACGGCCCUGCAGAACGCCAAGUACGAGGGCUGGUACAUGGCCUUCACCCGCAAGGGCCGGCCCCGCAAGGGCUCCAAAACGCGGCAGCACCAGCGCGAGGUCCACUUCAUGAAGCGGCUGCCCCGCGGCCACCACACGACCGAGCAGAGUCUGCGCUUCGAGUUCCUUAACUACCCGCCCUUCACGCGCAGCCUGCGCGGCAGCCAGAGGACUUGGGCCCCAGAGCCCCGAUAGGCGCCUGCCCGGCCCCUCCCGCAGCUCCCAGCGCAGAGAUUUCCAUCUUGAGGGAGCACAAACAGAGAAACUCAAGCAAGAUGAGGUCUGCGCUACUGAAGGCUGGGGAGGAGCUGGGGGAACCCCGGGUUCUAGUUGUUGAUAAUUGUUUGCUGUUGGUUUUUUUUUUUUUUUUUUUUUUUAAACAAAAGAG